GGUUGGCUGGCGUGGCUCCAGUGUUUACAUCAUGAGGGACAACCUGAGUGCUAUAUUACUUCUUCUUUUCGUCACAUUUUCCCUCCUUAUAUUUGUCACAGGUGAGCAGACUACUCAGAAUAAAGACACCACGACCCCAGAGUUAUGCGUCCCACACUCACCCAAGAUCAACUGUUCCUACUUACCAUUAGAGUUUCUCGAGUGUCAGGGGUUGACAGACCACCAAGGGAACAACACAGCACGGGAAGAUGCUGGCCAUGGAUGUGUGAAGUUUGGAGGACAAAGGUUUGAAGACGUGGAGAUCACAAAGGUGUAUUGCACAGUGCUUCAAGGCAUUGAGUGCUGUGGGGAGAGAGAGUUUCUUCGAGAUGGAUUCCCCUGCAUCAAGUAUAGUGGUCAUUACUUUGUAACCACCCUCAUCUACAGUGUGUUGCUUGGGUUCCUGGGCAUGGAUCGCUUCUGUCUGGGCCACACUGGGACAGCUGUGGGAAAGCUGCUUACCCUGGGUGGUGUUGGAAUAUGGUGGGUGGUGGACAUUGUUCUGCUCAUCACUGGUUCCCUUACACCUGAGGAUGGUAGUAAUUGGAAUCCUUAUGUUUGAAAGACUCAGUGUGUGGAGACUUUGAGGGUAGAGUGAGACUGCUGUGCAAUAAAGUUUUGGGUACGUAGUAUGUGCAGUUGAAGAUGGCUUCAAUAACAUACAGUAAUGCCAAAAAGUACCGUUAUCUGGGCCAGGAUGAGGAGGAGCCUGAGCAGUGCCAGGGGGAGACCCUGAGACAGAAAAUCUUGAAGGAUCUUUUACAGAAGCAAUUGUCCAAGCACAUUUCUCUAGAACACCAGCUGCACAACCAAAAGAAGUUUGUCAGGUCAGUAUGUGAGGAAUCUGUCACAGCAAACACCAGUGGCCUUGCAUCUUUUCAAGAUUUCAAGAGUGUGGAGUCACUUCUAAAUGUAAAGCAGACAUUAAAAUCAUGUGGUCUCACAGAGUCUGAAAUCCAACUACUACUUGGUGAAGAGACCCAGAGCUCCCACCUUGAGGCUCCUCAUGCUAGGAGGCAGCGGCUGGAGGCCAUUGAAGAUAAAAUAGUGCAUCACAGAAGUUAUCUAGAGACUUCCCUCCAGGCACACAAUCAGACCUCUAGUAAUGCUUUGUUGGAAGAGACCCAAGGAGUGCCUGUUUCUGGUGAGGCUCCACAGCCAAACCCACACCAAGACUUCCUCCCAGAGGGCCACCCCAUGAAUCACUUACAAGAGAUAGCAGAGAAGCUAUUCCCUCCAGAGAAGUCAGAGCAGAUCCAUGGUGAGGAACACACUGGGAAAAAGAGACAACAGGAUGAAGCAUUGGGUUCAGCUAAACCCAAGAAGAAUAGAAAUGAAAAUCCAUCCUGUAUUUAUUUGACUGAAAAACCAAAGUCCUAUUGGGAUAUGCAACAAAUACCAAAGGUAAUCAAAGGUAGUGCCAAUCAUCUGGGUGCUCCCCUUCCCCAGUCACCAGGGAAGUGUAUCAUGGGCAGCAGCAAUGACAAGAACAAGAUAUUACUUCAUGUAACCAAAACUGGUACCAGUGCAAAGGUAGAUCUGACUAAACCUUUCAUCAUGAGUCUUGACCCAGAAGAUCUUAUUCCAUUGGCAACAAUAAAAGCAAACAAAAAAAGUAUCCAAGAAUUAAGAGACAUGGAAAAAUUCAGAAAUUAUAAUGAAGGAACACCAUCAUCCACUCUGUUCAUAAAAAACCUCUCUCCAAGUGUUUCUCCAAAGGACUUGGCUUCUCUGAUGGGCCACUUUGAGUCCACUCAUGGCCAAAAAAUCCUGUACAGAAUCUUGGGAGGCCGUAUGAAGGGCCAAGCAUUUGUCACCUUCCCUGAUGAGGAGGCAGCUUCUAAUGCCCUCAGGCUGUGCACUGGCUACAUGCUGCAUGGUAAACCAGUGGUGGCAGUGUUUGGCAAGAAGUCAUAGUUGAGGCUGUGUUUACCUCACAAUGGAAGCAAAGUUAUUAAGUGUAUUUUUUACCUUUUAUGAUUUUUUGCUUUAAGCAAAAAAAAAAAUGGUAAGAUUUUGUAGUGAGGUUAUAUGAUGAAGGGAAGGGGUAAGCAAGUUAUAUUUGUUACAACUUUAAAUGACUAUUUUUAUUUCUCAUUUUGUAAGAAAGGUUCCACAUUUAGGUGGGGCAUCCUGAGUCACAGCAGUCACUAUAAAAGCUACAUGGUGAAGCAUAACCAGUUUGUCAGUUCUUUUGCUUUCCAGAUACUUUUUAAUCACAUUCUAUUCUUGAUCUAUCUAGUGGCACUUCUGAAUGUCUGACAUUCUCAUCCUCUCUGCAUUUGAUCAAUGCAUUUAUUACAUUAUUAUUAUGCUGAUGAUCCCAAUCUUAGAGUCUGCUUACUUUGUUGAUCUGUCUCACAACAGCAUUACACCUUCAAUUCACCUUGUUCUCAGUACAGUAGGUUGACUUUUGUCAUUUUAUAUUAGCUUUUGCCAUCAGACUGGUAUCUGCUCUACUCACUGCACUUAUUAUAUGACCCAGGGAAUUAAUUUUAUUUGUGUACUGCAGGGACACAUUCCAUUAUCACUGUUUUCUGCUCUUCUUUCUUCAGUGGCCAGUUUUUUUUCAAUUUCUAGGGUGACAUUAAACAAAAUGCUGAUGAUGAUGCUGUUCAAGUUAUUAUUUAUUCAUUGUAAUACUUAUUCCUUAAGAAUGGAUGUACAAGAUUUCUAUUAAAAGUACAACAAUUUUUA